AUGGAGAGGUUUCUGAAGAUCCAACCUCUUACAUUUGCUGGAAUUAGUAGAGACACCUUGCAACCCGUGACAUGGGUUAAGGAGAUGGAGAAGGCUUUUAAGUUUCUGGGUUGUACUGACGAGCAGAAACUCAUAUGUGCUGGAUACAAGCUCCAGUAUGAAGCAGAGGCCUCGUGGGAGACAACUAGGCCUAUUCUAGAGGCUGCUCAUCCCAUUCUGACAUGGGAGAUCUUUAAACAAGCUUUCUUUGCGAACUACUUUCCUACAAGUGUGCGAAAGAAGAAAGAAAUUGAGUUGGUCGAGUUACCUCAAGGGCCAAAGUCAGUACUGGAGUAUCAGCAGAAAUUUGAAGAGUUGUUCUUCUUUGCUCCCCCACAUCUGAAUAAUGAUGAACCAAAAGCACAGAAGUUUGAGGAUGGUUUGAGGCCGCAGAUUGCCUCUAUUAUGUCUACCAGAACUAAUCAAGGAUAUUCUGAGACCGUGCAGUUAGCAAAGAGAGUUGAGGAUAAGCAGAGGAAUGCUUAUCAUAUGAGUCAGGCAUCUGACAAGAGAGCAACACCCUUCUUUGAUAGAGGAUUCAGCAAGUUCACUAGAUCUUCUGGUCCUAGUACAGCUCCAGCCUUACCACAGAGAAGCGAGUCUGAGUCAUCAGUGUCCAGGCCCGUGUAUGCUAACCCUACUACCAAGGCGGCAGAUGCAGCAGCUCCAGUAAGCACUGCAGACUUCAAAUGCUAUACCUGUGGUCAGAUGGGUCAUACAUCCAGGACGUGCUUCCACAGGAGACCUGUACUUCCUGCUCGCCAGCCAGCCAAUAAGCCUCAGGGCCUAGUAUACUCCAUGACUGCUAGUGAGGCUGAGGCUAACUAG